AUUUGUGAAGGAGGGCGCAGCCUGGGGGUCUCACCUGCCCCCGUUGGAUGAAGUCUAUUUGGAGGGCUUGCCUGCUGCUUUAACUGCGCUCCAGCUGCCCUCCCUCCCUCCCUCUGCGCUCAGAGGGUGUGCGCCCACUUUCACUCACGCCUGUCCGAGACGGGCAAACCUUCAGGAGGAGGAAGUUCCCUUGGUGAAACUCGCCUGCACCGAGACUGUGAACGUGGGCGAACGUGCUCUACUAAAGGGAGAUGCUGAGUGCGAAGCGGCAGCUCAUCUACGAAGGGGGAGCCGACAGCAUGGAGCAGGAAUGCGUCUGCGCGGAGGAAGGACUGCACGGCGUGAGCGCCGCUUGCCGCCGCAGCAGCGGCUGGCGCUGGCUGCAGCGCACUGCGCUGCUGCUGGUGAUGGCGCUGAUCCUGCUCCUCUUCGUGGUUCUGGUUCUGCUGGUCAUCGUUGGGGUCGAGAGGAACAAGCCUCCGCACCAUGAUGAACAGGCCCGGCAGCUGCUGAUUUCUACAGAAACGGACAGAAACAAUCGUGGCGCGACUCCAAGGGCCAUGCUGACAGUUGCAGAAAAUCAGACUAGCGGACAACAAAUUCAAUGGGAGACUGAAGUUGGAAACGCUUUCUACCACGGAGGCUUCAGUUACGCUGACGGAGACCUGGUGGUCCCAAGAAGUGGCAUGUACAGAGUGUUCCUGCAGGUCACCUUCCAAAUCCCAAAGUGUGAAAACCAGGUCCUCUCCUGCAACGUGUCUUCAUGGUCAGAGGCAUAUCCUCAGUAUGAGGAAAUUCUCAAAACAGACGAUUUUGUCAAAGAUAACAACAGCAACAUGGAUUGUAAAAAGACCCUCUACACGUCUGCCCUGUUUAGGUUUAGUACGAACACUAAGCUGAAAGUGGAAACAAACCAGCUCAAGUUUGUCGUCAAUGAUGAAAACCUUGUGUUUUUUGGUGCAGAAUUCCUCCCAGAUUAACUUGGUUGAAUGUUUUGAUCACGACUCAUCCUGACCAUCCUCUGUAAAUAUGGUACUGUUAACCUGUACGCAGCAGUUUUUGUUCAAGACAAACUCAGCUGUUGUCUUGUAAAUAUUAUUUUCAUCUGUUUCUCUGUAGUUCUGAUUUUUUUACAUAUUUAUGAGAGAAAAACAUUUUAUAUUGGAGUGUAAAAAGCUUUAUUUGUGUUUCAGAACAUUAACUAACAAUACAACUAAAUAUAAGCAUUAAUUUAACUACUGCUAACAAAAGGUGACUGGAGAACAUUCUACAAUGUUUGUUUAAUGCAGUUCUUCUCAGGGGGAAUAUUUUUAGUGGGUCACUAUAAUGUCAGCUGUUACUGAAAAUGAAAACUGAACAUUAGGCUUGACAAAAAAAAUCAGAUUAAGAAAAGUCUUUUUAAAAGAAGAAGCUAUAUUUUUCUGUACCUCUGGGAUGUCGAGUCUAGAAAAGCCAUGCAAAGACAUCAGAUGUGUUUGGUUUGAUGUUGAGUGGAAGCUCUUAUAUGUAGACGUUCGUAAUGGUGAAUUAUAAUACAAAACACUACUUUUCUAUUUUGCUUUAGCUGGAGCUGAUGUAUCAUGUAGCAGGCAGACUCACUUCUGCAGAUAACUGUUUUUUUCCUUUUAUCUGGGACAAAGUCAUGUA